AUGCAGGGCGACUACAACGCAGCCGUAGCGGCAUUGAACACGCUGCAGAGCAACUUCUCCAUUGUCGACGCCAUCCGCAAGUCUGGAAGGGGAAUGAACAAGAAUGCCAUGCCCGAGAUGAUCGAGUGGGUCAAGAAGCUGGGCUACGAGGUACUGAAGGCCGUCCACGUUGCCGGAACAAAGGGCAAAGGCUCGACCAGCUCCUUCGUCUCAUCCAUCCUUGGCCAGUUCAUCGCAGAAGGCAAAGUCACCAAGACUGGCCUCUAUACUUCGCCUCACCUGCGAUUUGUGCGCGAGCGCAUCCAGAUCGACAACAAGCCCUUGACCGAAGAGCAAUUCGCCAAAUACUUUUUCGAGACAUGGAACAGACUCGAAGCUGCCGCCAAAGCCGCCGGUCACCAAGACCCCACGAGCAAGGAGACCAAGCCCGUCUACUUUCGCUUCUUGACCUUGAUGGCCCUCCACACAUACAUCAGCGAAGGCGUAGACGCUGCUGUCAUCGAGUGCGGCAUUGGAGGCGAGUUUGACAGUACAAACAUCCUCGUCAAGCCCAGCGUCACAGCCGUCACGAGCUUGGGCAUCGACCACGUCGCCAUGUUGGGCGACACCAUCGAUUCCAUUGCCUGGCACAAGGCCGGUGUCUUCAAGCCCGGCGUUCCUGCCUUCUCCGCCCCUCAACCCGAAGAGGCCAUCCGCGUCCUUCACGAGCGCGCCGCCGAACGCAACACCAACCUCCAAGUCGUCAACAUCCAUCCCGAACUCGACAACAUCAAGCUCGGCCUCGCCGCAGACUUCCAGAAGACAAACGCCUCGGUCGCCAUUGCUGCUGCAGCUGCAUACCUGCGUCGCGCAGGCGUCCAAGACCUACCCACUCCUACAUACCUACCCACUCUCUUCCGUAAAGGCCUCGAAGAAGUUCAUCUUGGCGGCCGCUGCGAAACACGCACAGACACCACCAUACAAAACCUGAAAUGGCACAUUGAUGGUGGCCACACACUCGAGAGCAUCGAGCUAGCCGCCCGCUGGUUCGGCAGCCUCAUCUCAUCUUCCGCAAACCCGUCCACCCGCAUUUUGAUCUUCAACCAACAGACGCGCGACGCUUCUUCGCUGGCUCUGAAGCUACACGAAACCCUUGCUUCAGCGCUUGGAGAUCAGAAGCCAUUCUCUCACGCCUUCUUCUGCACGAACACCACCUACGCUGAAUCAGGUUUCCGUCCCGAUCUCACGAGUAUCAACACCAAUGCUUCCGACGUAGAGACUUUGAGUGUGCAGAAUUCUCUGGCUGAGACUUGGAGAGGUGUAGACCAGACUUGCCAUGUGCGUGUACUCAGAACCGUCGAGGAAGCUGUCAAUGCUGCAAGAGAAGUUGCUGGAAAGCAGAACGAACAAGUCAUGGUUCUUGCUACCGGUAGUCUGCAUCUUGUUGGUGGUGUGGUCGAGGUGCUCGAGGGUGGUAAUGCCUAG